CCAGGAGUAGAACCAUUUACAAGGUGGUUUCUUCUGGAGGGUGAAGAGAGGAGCUAAUUAUACCGCUUAGCUGCCAAGGUUGCAGCUAGAUUUAAUCAGAUAAGAAACGUUUAAACCCUUUGGAACUCGUGGUUCUCAAGUUCCAUGGCUAGGGAAAAUAACGGGGCCUCUCUCUGCUCUAGGCUUUGAAAGCUCCACACCAGUGGAGUUUACACGCGUGCUCUGUGCGGGCUCCUCCCCCGCCCCCGUGGGGGAGGCGGAGGGCGUGGACACCGGCCCUCCCCAGCCCGCGGCCCGCCCCAGUGAAUGAAAUCUUGCCGGGCCCCGGGUCACUCAGUUCCCGAUUCUGUCUGGGACAACAGCAGCUCGGGCUCGGCCGGCUGCGAAGGAUGGGGGAGCCGAGGGGAUGCACCGGGAGGCAGGCCCGAAGCCUAGGGCUGCAGCUGCAGCUGCUCCUGUCGCUGCUGCUCCUGCAGCCGUCGCCGGGCUGGGCCUCCGGGGCUGCUCGGCCGCCCCACGUGGUCUUCGUGCUGGCAGACGACCUGGGCUGGAACGACGUGGGCUUCCACGGCUCGGUCAUCCGCACGCCGCACCUGGAUGCGCUGGCGGCCGGCGGGGUGGUCCUGGACAACUACUACGUGCAGCCGCUGUGCACACCCUCGCGGAGCCAGCUGCUCACUGGGCGCUAUCAGAUCCACAUGGGCUUACAGCAUUACCUCAUCAUGACCUGUCAGCCCAGCUGUGUUCCCCUGGAUGAAAAACUCCUGCCCCAGCUCCUAAAGGAAGCAGGCUAUGCUACGCAUAUGGUUGGAAAAUGGCACCUGGGAAUGCGUCAGAAAGAAUGUCUGCCAACACGCCGAGGAUUCGAUACCUACUUCGGCUAUCUCCUCGGCAGUGAAAACUAUUACACCCACGAGGUCUGCGCACUAAUUGAGCCUUUGAAUGUUACGCGGUGUGCUCUUGAUUUCCGAGACGGUGAAGAACCUGCGACAGAGUAUACAAAUAUUUAUUCAACAAACAUAUUUAGCAAAAGGGCUACAACCCUCAUAGCUAACCACCCACCAGAGAAGCCGCUGUUCCUCUACCUUGCUCUCCAGUCUGUCCACGAUCCCCUUCAGGUCCCUGAGGAAUACAUGAAGCCGUACGACUUUAUCCAAGAUAAGCACAGACGUAUUUAUGCAGGGAUGGUGUCCCUCAUGGACGAAGCAGUGGGAAAUGUCACCGCAGCCUUGAAAAACCAUGGUCUCUGGAACAACACGGUAUUCAUCUUUUCCACAGACAAUGGUGGGCAGACUCUGUCUGGGGGCAACAACUGGCCACUCCGCGGAAGGAAAUGGACCCUGUGGGAAGGAGGCAUCCGUGGAGUGAGCUUUGUGGCAAGCCCCUUGCUGAAACAGAAAGGCGUGAAGAGCCGGGAACUGAUUCACAUCUCGGACUGGCUUCCAACACUGGUGAAUCUGGCUGGGGGAAGCACCAACGGUACCAAGCCUCUGGACGGCUACGACGUGUGGAGAACCAUCAGCGAAGGAAUCCCAUCCCCCAGAGUGGAGCUGCUGCAUAACAUUGACCGGGACUUCUUUGACAGCUCACCAUGUCCUGGCGAGAACAUGGCUGCAAAAAAGAACGAUUCUUUUCCAUCCGAAUAUUCUCCCUUCAACACAUCGAUCCAUGCUGGGAUUAGAUACAAAAACUGGAAACUCCUUACCGGCUACCCAGGCUGUGGUCAUUGGAUCCCGCCUCCGUCUCAAUCCAAUGUUGCUGAGAUCCGUUCACUGGACUCAUCAACCAAGACUGUCUGGCUGUUUGAUAUCGAUCAGGACCCCGAAGAAAAACACGAUCUGUCCCAGAAGCAUCCCCACAUCGUCCUGAAGCUCCUUUCCCGCCUCCAGUACUACCACGAGCACUCUGUGCCUUCCUUCUUCCCACCCAUGGACCCCCGCUGUGAUCCCAAGGACACUGGUGUGUGGAGCCCCUGGAUGUAGGGCUGCGGGGGGGGGGGGGGGGGGGGGGGGGGGGGGGGGGGGGGGGGGGGGGGGGGGGGGGGGGGGGGGGGGGGGGGGGGGGGCUGGAGCGCAUUUGUGGGCAGGCUGGACCUCAGGUCCCUACUCUACUGGCUUUUCUGAAAGUCAUCCAGCCCCCUCACCUGGCCCUCAGGCUACAUAAUCCACCAAAGGAGUUCAGUUUCAACCCACGGUACAUUUUAAAAAGCCAGUAAAAAUCUGGACGGAUCCUGCUGUUGGCUGGAGUUAGUGUCUGGAGGCCAGGGUGGCUGGGUUCAUCCUGCUUCCUAAACUCCAGUCGCUGGGAACUUGACAUAGGAAGCUAUCCCUGAGUCCCUGAGGCCAGAGCAGCUGGCUCUUUUUGCUUCACAAGUCGAUCAUUAGAAUUCCCUCUGCUAAUAACCAGUUUUAUUGGCAAGACACAUGCCUUGUAACAAAGGCGGGGAGCAGAUGAUUGCUAGUGAUUCUGUUGGCCGUGAGAGCUCCGUGCCUCUGAGAUCUCCUUCAGCUUUUCCAGAUCCAUGACCCACAGGCCACCACUCACUGACUCACCUCACUGUGGAGCAUAAAGCCCAUUGUAAUAAGCCAGCACGGAGGAUGGCUGUGUCUUGGCUUAGGUUUCCACUAUCACUAAAUACGUUUUUUCUCCUACUUCCCCCACCCACUGUUGCUCAUUCUGUCACCCCAGCUUGUGUGGCUCUGUUUCUGUUAUGACUUUGGACUUCACUGUCCUUUGUCUGAUGACACUCUCCCUUCCACUCUGAGCAUCCUGAGCUCUGGGACAGUCCCAAGCCCUGCCCAGAGGAGGUGGACUGGUCAUUCCGUGACCAUGCUUGUGGGAGUUGUGGGUCCGUGGCAUCUGCUAAGCAGGUCUAUUCCAGCUGCAUGGAAUCCAGCAAGAAUGUGGCUGUAUCUCCCAGUACGCAAUGAUCUGUGCUGUUUUCUCAAGCAGUGGGAAGAAGAGCCAGGAAAGCACUUUCACUCUGAGGUGAUGGAAGGGGCAGUUUGAGAAAGGGGCUGACCAAUGUCUGGUAUGUUUGUUGGCCUUAGUAAAGCAGGGAGUCAUCAUCCCUAUUCCUCUCGUUCUCUAUUUCACUGCCUCAUACUGGGGUUCUGGGGUUAAAGAAUGAGGAUGCACUAUUUGACCUUCAAUCUUUUCUCAGAACCUCUUAUAUCCUACCAAUGUGACUCCAUCCAGAUUAGCCUCAGAGAGUGUCAAACCCAGAUAGACACAAAACUGCUUCUCAUCAGCACUGUUGCCUUGUUAUCACCAAUGCCCGCGGCAGGGCCGGGGAUAUAAUAGGCACUCGGUAUAUUUUUUUUUAAAUGAGUGAAUGAACCGAAUAAACGGGAAAGACUCACCAUGAAUGAUCCUAGUCAAGUGAGCUGACUCUAAGGGCAGUGUAAAUACCCUCUAGUCCUUACUAGUCUGCCCUUAAGCUGUCCCCUCUGCCCUGGUGAGAGCAUGGACUGCACAUCUGGAGCACAUCUGGACAGUCUCUGGCCCUGCAUGGCAGGACUGUGAUGUCCUGUCCAGGGAGACACAAGAGAAUUAUUUUUCCUAGUUAUUCUCUGUUGACAACAAUCUCCAUUUCCAUUUUUCGUUGAACACAAGAAAUUAAAACCAUCGAAUCAAAUGAUAUAGGUCCUCGUGUACAGCCACCUUCAGUUCAUAGCAGUAUUUCCUGGUCAUUAAUAAUCUGAAUUUUUUGUGAUAAAACUAUUGCAAGAAAGUGGUGCUAAGGCUAAUGACAUCUUUUACCAACCUUUACUCAUCUGGGCUGGCUAAUAGCUGACCACCAGGCCACCUCUUACUCCAGAGCAAUGACAGCGAUGACUCUGGAUGCUCCUUCUGUCCCACAGCUGUUGGUGGCUGUUAGUCUUCUGAGACCGAAGGUUUUUACUUCACAACACCUAGUUGAAUUUUCCUUAUUAUUCUCUGAGCAGCUACCCUCAGUUCUAGCUCUUGGGCUAUCUUGAUCGUGGGCUAUCUUGGGAAUGUUAGCAUAUGAAUGGAUUAAAGAAGACUUUCAGACAGUCGUGUUAAAAAAAUGGCUGGAGAUUCUGUUUAAUCAGAUAGAAUGGCAUGAGUCUGAGGAUCUAUCUCCUUAGAUUUAUAACUAUCUUUAGGAAUAUUAAUGUUAGUUCUUUCUAAUGUGUCUGCCUUUAAAGAAGGUUUUGUUUAUUAAUGUGCAAACUCAUCCCUUUGUUACCACAUGACUGUUUCAGAUUUGAGUGACAAAAUAAAGUUGAUCUUUCUAAAACUG